AUGUCUACAAGAAUUGAUCAAAGGAUGGAGACCUUAGCUAAUGAGGUUCAACAAGUAAGAGAAGCCCAAAAUCAACAUGUUCAAUUACCACCACCAAGGAGACAACUGGGUGUUGUAUUAGUUGGUGAUGUUAUGAGGGAGCCUAGAGUUCCUAGGGUAGCUGCUAGGGGAGGUCCUUUAGAUCGAUUGAGAUUGCAAGAAGCUGGUGGAGAAGCUUACUUGGAUAACUUGUGGCCUAGGAGGGUUGUUGAGAGAGAGGAGUCUAAAGACAACAUCAAAUACACGAUUUCUAAGUUUAAUGGAAUAGGUUCUCCUGAAGAUUACUUUGAUUGGGAAUCAAAGUUGGAUAUGUACUUUGAAUAUCAUCCUUUGCAGAAGCAAAGAAGAUUGCAAGCCUUGAGGCAAGGGUCUAAGAGUAUUGAUGAGUAUUAUGCAGAGAUGAUGUUGUUGAUGUCUAGGGCUGAAGUUGAAGAAGCUGCACAAGCUACUAUGGCUAAAUUUCUUGCGGAGGAGAUGUUGCAAAACGCAUUGAAGGCCGAGGGUCAAGUUAGAAGGAAUAGUUCGACCAAGAAGAGUUAUUCAUCAUCAAGUAGCUCAUGGAAAACUCCUUAUAAGAAAGAUGAGAGGGUGCCAUUCAAGGAGAAAGAAGGUGUGAAAAAGGAGUAUGUGAUGUAUUUUAAUGAGCAUGGUGAGCUUUUAAGUAAAGAGGAAGGUGAUUUCAACCUAGAUUCUAGUGGGGAUGGUGAUUAUGAAAGGAACGAUGAUGAGGCUGCAAUUGAUGAUGGUGAUGAGUUAGCUCCACUUAAGAGUUUGGUUGCUAGGAGAACUUUGAGUGCUUAUGUGAAAGGUGAUGUUCAUAAUCAAUGGGAGAAUCUAUUUCACACUAGGUGCUAUGUGAAUGGAAAACCAAGUAGUGUGAUUAUAGAUGGAGGGAGUUGUGCAAACAUAGCUGGUGUUUAUUUGGUGAAGGAGUUACAACUACCUACUUCUAAGCAUCCUAAACCCUAUAGCUUAGGUACAAAGAGGAUGUUUUGUGUCUUACCUAUGCAAGCUUGUCAUGUUUUACUUGGGAGGCCAUGGCAAUACGACAACAAAGUGCAUCAUGAUGGGGAGACAAGUAGGUACUCUUUUGUUUGCGGGUUAAAGAGGAGUAAAGCAGAACCUAAAAUUGUUGAUUUAGGCAUUGAAAAUAGGACUGUUUUGAGUGAAAAGAAAGAGACUUCUAGGAAAGUUGUUAAAGAGUAUGUGUUUCUUGAGGAAAUUCCUAGUGGAUUACCACCCAUUAGAGGAAUUGAACAUCAAAUUGAUUUCAUUCCUAUAGCACAAAUUCCUAAUAGACCAGCCUAUAGGACAAACCCUGAUGAGACUAAGGAGUUGGAGAAACAAGUUGGAGAAUUGCUUGAAAAGGGCUAUGUGCGAGAAAGCCUUUCUCCAUGUGCUGUUCCUGUGUUGCUUGCUCCUAAAAAGGACGAAAUUUGGAGGAUGUGUGUUGAUUGUCGAGCUAUCAACAACAUAAUAGUUAAGUAUUGUCAUCCUAUACCUAGAUUAGAUGAUAUGCUAGAUGAAUUGCAUGGUGCUAGUUUAUUUUCUAAGAUUGAUCUUAAAAGUGGGUACCAUCAAAUUCACAUGAAAGAGGGUGAUGGAUGGAAAACUGCCUUUAAAACUAAACUUGGAUUGUAUGAAUGGUUAGUUAUGCCUUUUGGAUUGACUAAUGCACCUAGUACUUUUAUGAGGCUAAUGAACCAUGUUUUAAGAGCUUUUAUUGGUAAGUUUGUUGUUGUUUACUUUGAUGAUAUACUUGUGUACAUUCGCACUCUAGAGGAUCAUGUUGAGCAUUUGCGUUGUGUGUUAGAUGUAGUUAGGGUUGAAAAGUUGUAUGCUGAUGAUCGGCCGUCAGCAAUCAUAAAAAUAAAUAACCCAAUAAUUACUAACUAA